AUGUGUAAAGAAAAUGAGGAAACUGGAAAUCACCUUUUCAUUCAUUGUAAGAUUGCUUCUUUUAUUUGGUAUUCGUUUUUCGAUCUUCUUGGGGUGCAAAUUCCAAUUCCUUUUUCGGUGAAGGACUUAGUGUCACAGCUAUCUUUUGGGCAUUUACAAUCGGGGGGAAUCUUGGUUUGGAAAAUUGCAAGAGGGGUAAUGCUUUGGGAGCUGUGGAAGGAAAGAAAUAGGCGCACUUUUGAGGAAGUGUAUAUUUCAGCAGAUAGUUUGCUUGAUAAUGUUAAGCUCUCCAUUUGGCAUUGGUUUUCGAUCACUAAGGAUAGCAGGGGUGUCUCUCAACCAGAUGUCUUGUUUAACCUACAAAACCUAUUUCUGUUGGGGAAAGUUAAGAUGCGACCUAAAUGCUUCUGGACUCCUCCGAAAGCUAGUAGCUUUAAAUUGAAUUUUGAUGGCAGUUCCUUAGGUAAUACUGGCCUUGCUGGAAUUGGGGGUGUGUUGCGUAAUGAUCAGGGACAGGUUAUCUUUUCUUAUGCUGGUCCAUUAAGCUCUGCUACUUGCCUCAUUGCUACAAGGCCUUAA